AGAAUUAAAGAAGAGUUACACAGGGACUGGUCAGUUCAGUUCAACGGCUGCCCUGUUUAGUGAUUGCCCAGAAAGCAGUUUUGAAAAAACAAAAACUCUAAUCUAGUCCCUCCUCACCGGCGACACCUUGAUAUCCUUCCCAAAAGUUCACGGCUUAGGAGUUAGGAGGGACAUCACAUCACCCAUGCCAUGCCCCCCACUUUCUCACUUUCUCCCUACAAGGCUUUGAAUUUUGGAGCUCUAGCGUUUGGAAAGUUGUCGAAAUUUGAACUGAAAUUUCCUAGCAAGUGUAGUAUUAGGCAGAUUCGAAUGGCGGCAAAGACCCAUGAAUCUGUCUUAAGUGUUAGCAACAGUGAGUCAAAAAGAGGUGCCUUGAUUGUUCUAGAAGGCUUGGAUCGUAGUGGGAAGACUUCACAGUCUAGUAAACUAUUCACAUACUUGGAGGGAUUGGGGCAUUCAGCUGAAUUAUGGCGGUUUCCCGACAGAAGUACGAAUGUUGGGCAAAUGAUAUCUAUGUACCUCUCCAACAAAUCACAAUUGGAUGAUCAUACUAUCCAUCUCCUAUUUAGUGCAAACCGUUGGGAGAAGAGAUCGUUGAUGGAAACUAAAUUAAAAACUGGAACAACGCUCAUUGUUGACCGUUAUUCGUACUCUGGGGUUGCUUUCUCCUCUGCCAAAGGACUUGACCUUGAAUGGUGUAAGGCACCAGAGAUUGGGUUGCUAUCUCCAGAUCUGGUACUUUACCUUGACAUACAACCAGAGAAAGCUGCAGAGAGAGGAGGAUAUGGAGGUGAGAGAUAUGAGCAGCUCGAGUUUCAGAAGAAAGUUGCCAAAUGCUAUCAAGUCCUCCAUGAUGCCUCUUGGAAGAUAAUUGAUGCCUGCCAACCAAUAGAAGAUAUUGAGAAACAACUGCAAGAAAUUGUAUUGGAUUGUGUCAUGACAUGCCAGAAAGGCAAACCCCUUUCCAAUCUUUGGUCAGGUUAACUCUUGCAGCCUCUUAUUGUUAUUUAUUUCCCUUCACUAUGGAAAGGGAUUAUGCAUUUGUAUCUCUGCAAACUUGUCCAAGAAUUUUUGAACACCUUUGUAUGGGUUUAAAAUUCUGGUAGUGUUUUACGAUCACUUUCAGCCCUUGUUUUAAUGACAAAGGAGGUCUCUGAAUUUAAUAGUUGAAUUAAAUUGUGAAA